AUGCAUCUUUAACACAUGAAGCUUUGGCUUCACUUUUCACAACCUGGUUUCAACCAGAGAGAAUCAGCGUGUCGUUUUUCUGUGCAAUCAGAAAUCGUGGAGCAGGAGCGCUUCCUGCUGCAUCAGGAGACUCUUCCCCGACAGCUUCUGGAGGACAAGCAGCAGAACCCCGACACCAUGCCGCUGCUCAGCGCUCACGACCUCAUACAGCUGUACAUCUGCGACGACAACAGGCGAGCCAACGAGUACGACUUCAAAAAGGCCCUGGACCUGCUGGAGUACAUCGACGAGGAGGACGCCGGGGACAUCGACUCGCUGAAGUGCGAGAUCUUCGGCAAAGCGCUCAGGAGAGACGACUGGUUCUCGGAUGACGGGACCGACGACCCUCUGGAAGCCGCCAAGGACAGCGUCUUUGUGAAGAUCCUCCUCAAACUCAUCCAGGAAGGGGUUUCUCUGCAGACGUACCUGCCUGACGUUAAAGAGCUGCUGGAGCUGGACGACCUGAGCGCUUUGAAAUCAAAACCCUAUUUUGAAUUUGUCCUUCGGGCUAAUUAUGAACAUUACCUGGAAGUCCAGAUGUGACGACUCGUCGCUUCCCUGUAACGCCGACUUUUGCACUUCAGCUUUUAUUCGCCUUCUAACAGCUUUCAAUAUUUGUUGGAGUUUUUCUCUUUUCUCAAUAAAUGUUAUUUCUGUAGCUAGA